GCAUUGUGGCCAUGGUCAUUGCCAUGCUGCCGCACGCCAACGGGGACCCUCAACGAGGCACAUCCACAAAUGUGACGAAUUUCGGACCCAGUUCGUCCCGCAGGCAAAGCAGCAGCAGCAGCAGUAGGCAUCGCAGUAAUAACCCGUCCAGAGUGUCCCCACGCCGGCCCCAGGGCAUCGCGGAACCCGCGAGAUUCUUCUUCGAUCCGUUCGCCUUCGUGCCCUUCAACUUGGCCAGCUUCCUGUUCGGCGACCCGGCGGGUUUCGGUGUGAACACAUUCGUCAGCCCUACCGGGUUCAAUCGUCGAGGCAGCAGCAGUGCCUUUGGGUUCGGCACGGCCUUCGGAAGCAAUGCUGCAGCUGGGGCCGGUGUGGGGUCAACCGGUGGACGGUUCGUGGGUGGAGCAAUAACUAGAACCCAAGGGGACUCGCCACGGGGCAUCAGGGUGAACAUCUAUAAGACCUGGGGGGAUGCUUUUAUUGGGGAAGUUCCCCCAAACUUUGCUGGCUUGUGUUCAAAACCCAUUCUGACAUGCAUUGGCCAACAUUUGGGGGAGCUUCCCCAAUGUUUUCCAGAAUGGGUUCCCAACACAAGCCAGCAUGCCUUGGCCAACGUUUGGGGGAAUGCCUGCUCUCAGAUGUUGGGCAGUGACCAAACGGCCAUUAGCCUAAUCGGGGUCGCUGCAUUGACUGCCAUGGCAUCAGCAGAGCCCAGCCCCCAGGGUUUCAGCGUCGGAUUCGGUGGGCGACGGGGAGGUGGGCGAGGAUUCCGUGGGGGCGGGCCCAGGUUCGUGCCAAAUCGGGGAUUCCGUGGCGGACGAUUCGGAGGACGGGGACCCAGACGGGUCGAUCCGGCUGACGAGCUCGUUGAUUUCGGCGUCAAAGACAUCGUGACUGAAGAUGAUGAGGGAUUUAUUGAUGCCCUGCACCUGUGCGAGACUCGCCACAGUAUGCCGAAGUACUACAUAUCGAUCGCCGCAGUGUGUAUUGAAUCUUCAUCAGAUAGCAAUAGUUUUGUU